AUGGAAAAACGUAGUUUAAAGUCUCUAACUGUCGGUGAUAAAAUAAAAAUUAUUGAAGAAGAUAAAGAUAAAAUUCUCAAAGCAGUUGAAGAAGCCCCCUGCUUACCACGCCGAAAAAGAUUUAAAGCAUCAAGUUUCCCAGAAAUUGAGCAUGCUAUGACGGAAUGGAUAAAGCGAGUAAGAGAUUAUAAUUUCCCCAUUUCAGGACCGUUAAUUCUAGAAAAAGCAGCAGAGUUCGCAAAAAAUUUAGUCCUCACAUUUCAAGCUAGUUCGGGUUGGCUGGAAAAAUUUAAAUUGAGGAACGGAAUAGUAGAAAAAAUCAUAUCAGGUGAGAAUGCCACGGUGUCUGAAGUUGACUGUGAACAUUACCAAACAAACAUACUACCAAGUUCGUUAAAAGAAUACGACUCUAAAGACAUUUUCAACGCAGAUGAAUUCGGUCUCUUUUUCAAGUGUACACCUGACAGAACUUUGACAUUCAAAGGAGAUACUUGUCACGGAGGAAAAAAGAGUAAAGAACGUGUAACAGUCAUGGAAGAACUUAUCGUAGCUGCUGAAAUAACUAAAAUGUAUCAUACUAUUAGACAUAAUCCGUCGUAUAAUUCUUUAGACUGUAGCUUUAAAUUGGAUAAGUUAAUUUUUGAAGACUCAAAACUUGCUGGUAAAGCAAAUUGUGAUAGAAAAAAAUGUAAAGCUAUAGCACAAAAUGUUUUAGCCCUAAGGUCGUUAUUUUAUGUGUAUCAAAAAAUUAAGAACCACAAUCCUCCAUAG